ACUAUUUUCUUCAAUUCCAAUUCACAGGAGCAAUGGAGGAGGAAAAAACAAUACCAGAGGUGGUGCUGAACUCAGGACAGAAGAUGCCGAUGUUGGGUUUUGGCACAGGAACAGUGCCAUUACCGCCACCGCAUGUGCUCAUUCCUGCAUUCAUGGAAGCCAUAAAAGUUGGCUACAGACAUUUUGACACUGCAGCUUAUUACGGUUCCGAAGAGCCUCUUGGCGAAGCAAUAGCGCAAGCACUGGAUCAAGGUCUCAUCAAGAGUCGCAGUGAGAUCUUUGUCACUACUAAAUUGUGGUGCACUGAAGCUCAUUCUGGCCUUGUGCUCCCUGCACUCCACCGUUCAUUACAGAGGUUGGGUCUAGAGUAUGUGGAUCUUUACCUAAUCCAUUUUCCAGUGAGACUGAGACAAGGAGCUAAAGGAACCAAGUAUGGCAAAGAAGACAUUCUUCCUUUGGACAUGAAAGGAACAUGGGAAGACAUGGAACAAUGCUCUAAAUUGGGUUUGGCCAAAUCCAUUGGUGUAAGCAAUUUUGGGGUCAAAAAGCUUUCACAACUUGUCCAGAAUGCGAUUAUUACUCCUGCUCUUGUCCAGGUGGAGAUGAACGCAGCAUGGCAACAGGAAAACCUGAGAAAAUUCUGCAAAGAGAAAGGAAUACAUGUGAGUGCAUGGUCUCCUCUGGGAGCCAAUGGGGCUGUGUGGGGUUCCCUUGCUGUUGUGGACAGUCCUAUUCUGAAGGACAUUGCAUUGAAAUCAGGCAAGAGUGUGGCACAGGUUGCACUGAGGUGGAUUAUAGAGGAAGGUGCAACUCCAAUAGUGAAGAGCUUCAACAGUGAGAGAAUGAGGCAAAAUCUUGAGAUUUUCGAUUGGGAGCUGAGUGAGAGUGAUUCAGAGAAGAUUAAACAAAUUCCACAGCACAGGGGUUUCAAAGGUGAACGUUUUGUCUCUGAGUUUGGCCCUUUCAAAACUCUCGAAGAUCUUUGGGAAUGAAUGCACAUCAAUCUCAUCAAUGCUGUUUCUGCUUUCUCAUCCACUGUUUCCAAGUGGAAAACACUGUGUUUCGCUUGUUCUAAGACCUUUCCUUUCAAAUAAACAAGCUUUUAAAUAACAGUUUAAUUCUCAUUAGCAUAAUUUUAAUUUAUCAGUGUUGAGAACUAAAUAGGCAUGAAUUUAGUAUGCAGUAAUAUUCUAAUAACCACACGUUUCU